AUGGAUUUUUUACUAGUCGGAUUUGUUACUUAUGAGAGUUCUGAUAUCACUAAGAUAUUCUCAACUGCAGAAAAAUUUGAUACACAAGAAGAGGUGACAAGGUGGAUUAGGGAGGCUGGAAUCAGGAAUAGAGUGACAAUUAUAAUAACUCAUUCGGAUAUCAAAACUGGUAAGAGAGGAAGAAGUGACAAAGUUAUAUUUGAUUGUGGUAAAUAUGUAAAAUAUAAACAAGGAGAUAGUGUAAAACAAAGUGCUACUAAGAAAUGUGGUUGUCCAUUCAAAACUAGGUCAACACCAUCAAAAGAUGGUUCUGGUUGGAAGAUUGAUGUAAAAAAUGAAUUUCACAACCAUGGUUUAUCAGAUAGAUUUGAAGGCCAUUCGCUUGUAGGUCGACUUAAUGCUGAUGAACAACAACAUAUUAUUGAUUUGACAAAAUGUCAUGUUCUACCAAGACACAUAUUGUUGUCAUUGCAAUAA